AUGGAGUCUCUGGCCGGCUACGUGCACAAGGCGGCCAGCGAAGGACGAGUCCUGACGCUGGCCGCGCUGCUGCUCAACCACGGCGAGGCCGAGACGAGCUUCCUGUUGGACUACGUUAGCCAGCAGGCGUGCCAGAGGUCCACGCCGCUCAUCAUCGCCGCCCGCAACGGCCACGACAAGGUGGUCCGCCUGCUGCUCGACCACUACCGGGUGGACACCGAGCAGACUGGCACCGCGCGCUUCGAUGGCUACGUGAUUGAGGGCGCGACGGCGCUGUGGUGCGCGGCGGGCGCCGGACAUCUGGAGGUGGCGCGGCUGCUGGUGGAACACGGCGCCAACGUCAACCACACCACGCUCAACAGGUCCACGCCGCUGAGGGCCGCCUGCUUCGACGGUCGUCCGGACAUGGUGCGCUUCCUGCUGGAGAGCGGCGCCGACCCGGCCGUCGCCAACAAGUACGACAACACCUGCCUAAUGAUCGCCGCCUACAAGGGACACCAGGAGGCGGCGCGCUUCCUGCUGGAGCGCGGCGCCGACCCUGACGCCAAGGCGCACUGCGGCGCCACCGCGCUGCACUUCGCCGCCGACGCCGGCCACCCGGGCGUAGUGGCCGAGCUGCUGGGGCACGGCGCCGCUCUGGUGGCCAACGGACAGGGCCUGACGCCCCUGCUGGUGGCGGCAGAGAGCUGUAAAGCCGAAGUGGUGGAGCUCCUGCUGGCGCGAGGUCGCUGCGAGCCCCAGCAGCGCGUGGAGGCGCUGGAGCUUCUGGGCGCCUCCUUUGCCAACGACCGCGAGCGCUACGACCCGGGCCUCAGCUACCGCUACCUGCGCGCCGCCAUGGACGAGCGGCUGCGCCUGGGUCUUCCGGACGACGAGCCGUCGCCGGCCGCCGAGGCUUACGGGGGCCGGCGCGAGUGCCGCACGCCCGGCGAGCUGGAGGUGGUCCGCACCGACCGGGAGGCGCUGCACAUGGAGGGCCUGAUGAUCCGCGAGCGCAUCCUCGGCCCCGACAGCGCCGAGCUCUCGCACCCCAUCGUCUACCGUGGCGCCGUCUACGCCGACGGCAUGGACUUUGUGAGCUGCGUGCGGCUGUGGCUGCACGCGCUGCGCCUGCGCCAGCGCGCCCGCCGCGACGCACGCAGGGACCUGCUGCGCUUCGCCCAGCUCUUCUCGCAAAUGCUGCACCUCAAGGAGCCCCUCGACGCUGACGCGGUGGAGGAGGUGCUGGGCUGCAGCGCGCUGGAGAUCCGGCGCAGCAUGGCGCGUGCCCAGGCAGCGGCGGUGGCGGAGGAGGCGACGGACGGCGAGCCGGCACAGGCGGCCGAUAACUACGAGUCCAAUGUGUUCACCUUCCUGUACUUAGCCUGCAUCGCCACCAAGACCGCGUGCGGGCACGAGCGACAGCGCGCCCGCCUCAACAAGCACGUGUACGAUGUGGUGCGGCUGGACCCGCGCGCCCGCGAUGGCGCAAGCCUCCUCCACUUGGCCAUCAGCUCCAGCACCCCCGUCGAUGACUUCCACACCAACGAUGUCUGCGGAUUCCCCAACGCGCAGGUGACCAAGCUCCUGCUGGACUGUGGCGCCCGCGUGGACGCGGUGGACCACCAGGGCAACACGCCGCUGCACGUUAUCGUGCAGUACAACCGUCCCAUCAGCGACUUCCUGACGCUACACGCCAUCAUUAUCGGCCUGGUGGAGGCGGGCGCGCACACCGACCGCACCAACAAGGAGGAGAAGACGCCGCUGGACAAGAGCACCACCGGCGUGUCUGAGAUCCUCCUCAAGACCCAGAUGAAGAUGAGCCUAAAGUGCCUGGCGGCGCGCGCCGUCCGACGACACCGCCUGGCCUACCGCCGCCAGAUCCCCGCCAGCCUGGAAGAGUUUGUCGACUUCCACUGA